UGGGCGACGCGCUGGCCCACGUGCAACCACGACGCCUUCUCAGACGGAGGCACGAGAUUGUCUUCAACCACCAUCCCAUCUUGAAGCUUUUGUCCAAUUUUCGUCCUUCCUAUUAAUUCAAGGGUUGAGUCUCUUGCUCCCGCCAUCAUGAUUGUUUUCACGGGCGAUUCCGGCGCUGCGACAUGGCGUUUUCUACUUCCAACAUCAGCAACACCACGAUGAGACGGGAUCAAUUUCCCAGUGUCCUCAAAGGACGACGAGUGCUACUGGCGACUGAAUCACUGGGCCCUGUUAAUGGAGUCAGCCGUACGACUUUGAGUUUGGUCGAGUAUCUCCGUCGCAAUGGAGUCGAGUUGGUGAUUGUGGCACCGCAAUUUGAAGGCCUGCGACAGGGAAAGCAACAGAAGGCAAAUCCCCAAGAACUGCGUCUACCUGGCUAUCCACUGCCUUACAAUCCUGAUCUGACGGUGGUCUAUCCUUUCCACCUGGACGACGUUUACAAACGAACCUUUCAGCCCGACAUUGUCUACUUGGCCAGUCCGGCUUCUUUGGGCUUUCAAAUGCUCAUGCAGAUCCGGCAACUCACACGUCCUCCGGUGGUGCUUUUGAAUUUCCAGACGGAUCUAUCAUCCUACAGCGAAAUCAUUCUACCCGCGCCAUUAGACCAGUGUGCUAUCUGGCUACUCGGCGCAGUGCAGGGCUUUCUAUUCAGUCACCCAGCGGUACACACCAUCUUCUAUCCGUGCUCUGGCAUUCGAGGAUAUUUGGAAAAGGCAGGCGCACCGCUUGACAGACUUGUCAAGCUUGGAAGAGGUGUCGAUACUGCCCUAUUCCACCCAGCUCGCCGUGACGAAGCCUACCGGAGAAUGAUAGCUCCCAAUGGAGAAAUCAUCCUCAUCUGCGUGUGUCGUAUCGCUCCUGAGAAGGGAUUCGAGUUUCUGGCCCGAGUAGCAGCCAGACUAGUCGAGGAGAAAGUCCCAUUCAAACUUCUCAUCGUCGGGGGAAAUCGUAAUCCAGGUGUCGAAAGACAAGUCCAUCGUCUGUUCGAUGGCGUCAAAGACCAUGUCGUUUUCACCGGCUUUCUGACCGGUGCGCCUUUGGCUCGCGCUUAUGCUUCUGGGGAUCUGUUUCUGCACUGCUCUAUUACUGAAACGUUUGGUUUGGUGGUUCUUGAAGCGAUGGCUAGUGGGGUCCCUGUCAUUGCUCGCGAUCAAGGAGGACCGUCGGAUAUCGUGCGCGACCAGCAGACUGGGUAUCUAGUUCCACCGAAUGACCUCGAACUGUUCGUGAACUUGGUGCAGCGAGUGUCGUUAGACCCCAGGCUACAGUCUACAUUGGCCACGGCAGCUCGACAGUACGCAGACGAUACAACCUGGGAGAAGAUCAACCGGCGCGUAGCCUGGCAAAUCGCAGAUGCGUACGAGGAGCGAGCUCAAAGCCAGACAAGUCAGGAUGAAUCAUCUCUUCCAUAUCAGGCAGUCAAGGGCAUACUCCCGGUGGUCGAAAAAGUGCGACUUCUCUUUGCCCUCGCAUUUGUAUAUUUCAUGUGGACGAUCUCCGUGGUCCCAUUGAUCGUUCACGGAAAUCGAGUCGUACCGCGAGGAUUGGAGAUGAUCAAUAAUCUUUUGUCUUUUAUUCAGCAGCUUUGCUGUCAUUGAUGAAUUAUGCAGUUAUGUUAUCAGAUAUAUAUA